AUGCGGCGCCACAAACUUGGAAGCUCGAACCUGGAGGUGCCAAUUGUCUGCUUGGGCACGAUGACCUGGGGUGAGCAGAACACCGAAGAGGAGGCGUUCGAGCAGCUGGACUUCGCCCUGGCUAAUGGAGUCAAUUUCAUCGAUACCGCCGAGCUAUAUCCGGUACCGCCACGCUCCGAGACUGUUGGCCGUACGGAGACGUACAUUGGCAACUGGCUCAAGUCCCGAGGGUGCCGUGACAAGGUCAUCAUCGCAACCAAAGUGGCGGCGCCGCUUCCUGGAGUGGAUCGGAGCUGGGUGGUUGCCAACAGGACCGUGCCCCCUGGCCCCGCUCGUCAACCCGAGUUGGACGAGGCGUCCAUCCGUACGGCACUUGAAGGCUCCCUCCGGCGGCUUCAAACCGACUACAUCGACCUUUACCAGAUCCACUGGUAUGUCCGUAUGCAUGUGGUCCUGGACGAGAGCACGCUGGCCGAGAUGGAUGCGAUUCAUUUGCGCCACCGCAACCCCAACGACCUGGACUGA